AUGGAGAGGAAAAUCGUUGUUGUGGUUGGUCUUGGCAUGGUUGGUCUAUCGUUUAUCGAGAAGAUUCUGGAGUACGAUACCGAUAAACUUUUUGACAUCAUCACAUUCAGCGAGGAAAGCUUCGUUGCUUACAAUCGAGUCGGGCUCACACAGUACUUUAAACAUCGAGAUGUCUUACAACAGUUGAUGCAGCAACAAGCUUGGUAUCAAGACCAUAAUGUAUCAGUACAUCUGGGUGACCGGGUUAUUUCCAUCAAUCAUCAAGAAAAAACCGUGACAUCUAACAAAGGCAAGGUCAUUUCCUACGACUAUUGUAUUAUGUCAACUGGCUCCACGGCUGCAGUGCCCACCGGAAUGCCUGGGUUUGAGUCUUCCGGUGUGUUUGUCUAUCGAACGAUUGACGAUUUAGAUUCCAUGAUAAGUUAUUCAAAAACCUGCAGGAAGGCUGCCGUUGUCGGAGGUGGGCUACUAGGCUUAGAGGCUGCCAAAGCCGCCAAAGACCUUGGUCUUGAGGUUACUGUUUUUGAUCGAUCAAACCGAUUGAUGUCACGACAGCUUGACGUCGAUGGAUCUCGUGUACUUCAAGAAGAAAUUGAGAAGUUGGGAAUAUCUGUUGUAGUCUCUAACUGCCCCAAAGGAAUUUUACAUGACAAUGGAUCAGUCACAGGAUUGACAUUACAAGAUGAUACAAAUGUCGAUACAAACGUGGUGAUCUAUGCGAUAGGAAUACGGCCAAGAAGCGACCUUGCAAGUGCAUCAGAUAUUGAAGUUGCAAAAAAUGGCGGCGUUAUCACUGAUGACUACAUGCAAACCAGCGCCCCAGAUGUCUUUGCUAUUGGAGAAUGUGUUUCACAUGCUGAUAUUACUUAUGGUCUGGUAGCACCAGGUUACGAAAUGGCUGAAGUGGUCGCACGUAACUUGACUUCACUUCAUCAAAGCAAGCGAAAGUUACUAAAGUUCAAAAAGGCAGAUACAUCAACGAAGCUUAAGCUAUUGGGGGUCAACGUUGCCAGUUUUGGAGAUUAUUUCGCAGAUGAGCAGUUAUCACAGCCUUUGGUUUACAGAGACCCAUUUAGUGGCAUCUAUAAAAAAUACCUUUUUACAAAGGAUGGAAAGAAAAUUUUGGGCGGUAUGAUGGUUGGAGACACAAAGGACUAUGCAAAGCUACUUGCUAUGGUCAAGAGUCAGAAAAGGCUACUCAUUCCUCCUAGUGAACUUAUUCUCGGCGCUCCAACUGGAUCUGUGGAGACAGCAAGUGACUUGCCUGAUGAGACACAAAUAUGCUCAUGCAAUAACAUCUGCAAAGGCGAUAUCCGGCGAGUCAUCAAGGAUAAGAAAUGCUUAAAUGUCAAUCAAGUAAAGGGAUACUCCAAAGCUGGCUCAGGCUGUGGUGGUUGCUUGACACAAGUGCAAGAGAUCUUUGAAGCAGAGAUGAAGGCUAUGGGACAAACAGUGAAGAAUAGCUUAUGUGUACACUUCGAAUACUCUCGACCGGAACUAUGGACCAUUGUUAAAGUUCAAAAUUUGAAAACAUUUUCUGAAAUAGCGCAAAAGGUUUCCAAAUAUCCAGAUACUACCGGAUGUGAGGUCUGCAAGCCUGCUGUUGCAUCGAUCCUGGCUGGCUUGUGGAACGACCAUAUACUGAAUGAUUCAUUGUUGCCGCUUCAAGAUACAAAUGAUCGCUACCUAGCAAACAUUCAACGCGGUGGCCUCUAUAGUGUCAUACCAAGAAUAGCGGCUGGCGAAGUAACUCCUGAAAAGCUCGAAGCCAUUGCUAAAGUUGCUAUGGAAUACAGUCUUUACACAAAAAUCACAGGUGCACAGAGAAUUGAUAUCAUGGGAGCCAAGAAAGAAGAUCUACCGAACAUUUGGGAGAAACUGGUUGAUGCAGGCUUUGAAAGUGGUCACGCUUACGGCAAAUCCUUGAGAGCAGUCAAGAGCUGUGUUGGAACUACAUGGUGUCGAUAUGGCCAACAAGACUCGGUCGGAUUUGCAAUAACACUGGAAAACAGGUACAAGGGCAUUAGAUCUCCACACAAAUUGAAAGGAGGAGUUUCCGGAUGUAUCCGUGAAUGUGCUGAAGCUCAGGGAAAGGACUUUGGUUGUAUUGCCACAGACAAAGGCUAUAACCUGUACGUUGGAGGAAACGGAGGCUCCAAGCCGAGACAUGCGGAACUAUUAGCAGCUGAUAUACCUGAGAACCUCGUCAUCAAGUAUUUAGAUCGCUUCCUGAUGUACUACAUCACAACUGCUGACAAGUUGACAAGAACCGCGAGAUGGAUCGAAAAACUUGAGGGUGGAAUCCAAUACUUGAAGAAAGUGGUCGUAGACGAUUACCUUGGAAUUGGAGAUGAGCUUGAGGCACAAAUGCAAUUACUUAUUAACUCAUACGAAUGUGAAUGGACUAAGGUUAUCAAAAAUCCAAAAGCACGCGACCACUUCAAACAAUUUGUUAAUAGCGAGCACGCGCAACCAGUGAUUGAGAUGGUCAAGGAAAGAGACCAAGUACGGCCAGCAAGUUGGCCAAAGGAUGUCCCAGCAAUAGACACCAGUGUCAACUGCAGUGAAGACCGUAUAUGGUUCUCAGUUGGACCUGUUUCAGCAUUCCCACAGGAUCAAGGCAAGACUGUUCGAUACGGAGAUGUUCAGAUAGCCGUAUUCCAUAAAGCUACUGGAGAAUGGUACGCUACACAAAACAUUUGUCCGCACAAACGAGCCCUUGUGCUUUCAUCCGGUCUCUUAGGGUCCAUUGACAACGAAUCAGGAGGAGACUCUUACGUCUCGUGUCCAAUGCACAAGAAAAACUUUUCCUUGAAAACCGGCAAAUGCUUAGUACCAGGAGAAGAGAUGAAAUACAAACUGAUGACCUUUGAAGUCAAGAUAGAAGAUGAUCAGGUUUAUCUCAGAAUGCCCAAGGAAGGCGCUUUGAAUCAAAUACUUGGAACCGACAAAACCAUAAUUACCUCCUCCUUGUAUGGCCGCAAGCCGCACUUGGAAAUCUCGGAAACACCAGAAGAUCCACUGGUAAUUUCUGAACUGAAAACUUGCGGCUCAAGUGCUUGUGGCAAUGACAAGUUGGAAUGGUAA